AUCGCCGCAGGAACCAGGCCCGCCUUCCAGUCCGCCAGGCCCCAGAAGUGAUGAAAGCUGCGGCCGAGCCCUGGUCCCGCCGAAGCCGUUGCCCUUUUAAGGGGGAGCCUUGAAACGGCGCCCGGGUUCCAUGUUUGCAUCCGCCUCGCGGGGAGGAAACUCCAUGUUGUAACAAAGUUUCCUCCGCGCCCCCUCCCUCCCCCUCCCCCCGAGAACCUGGCUCCCCUCCCCUCCGAAGCUCGCGGGGAUCCCUCCCUCCCACCCUCCCCUCCCCCCCGCGCCCCGAUUCCGGCCCGAGCCGGGGGGGAGGCCGGGCGCCGGGGCCAGAGUCCGGCCGGAGUGGAGCGCGCCGGGCCCCAUGGACAGCUCGGCCGUCAUUACUCAGAUCAGCAAGGAGGAGGCGCGGGGCCCGCUGCGGGGCAAAGGUGACCAGAAGUCAGCAGCGUCCCAGAAGCCCCGAAGUCGGGGCAUCUUCCACUCGCUCUUCUGCUGUGUCUGCCGAGAUGAUGGGGAGGCCCGGCCUGCCCACAGUGGGGCUCCCCUGCUGGUGGAGGAAAAUGGCGCCAUCCCUAAGACCCCAGUCCAGUACCUGCUUCCCGAGGCCAAGGCCCAGGACUCAGACAAGAUCUGCGUGGUCAUCGACCUGGACGAGACCCUGGUGCACAGCUCCUUCAAGCCUGUGAAUAAUGCUGACUUCAUCAUACCCGUGGAGAUUGAUGGGGUAGUUCACCAGGUCUAUGUGCUGAAGCGGCCCCAUGUGGAUGAGUUCCUACAACGAAUGGGCGAGCUCUUUGAGUGUGUGCUGUUCACUGCCAGCCUUGCCAAGUAUGCAGACCCUGUAGCUGACCUGCUGGACAAGUGGGGAGCCUUCCGUGCCCGGCUGUUUCGAGAGUCGUGUGUCUUCCACCGGGGGAACUAUGUAAAGGACCUGAGCAGGCUGGGCCGAGACCUGAGGCGGGUGCUCAUCCUAGACAACUCACCCGCCUCCUAUGUCUUCCAUCCAGACAAUGCUGUUCCAGUGGCCUCCUGGUUUGACAACAUGAGUGACACUGAGCUACAUGAUCUCUUACCCUUCUUCGAGCAACUCAGCCGCGUGGACGACGUGUACACAGUGCUUAGGCAGCCUAGGCCUGGGAGCUAGUGAGGUGUCUUGGGGCCAGGACCUGCCCUUCACCAAGGCCCAAGCCUUUUCCCAUCAGACUGGGAACCUGCCUGUGCUGUUAACAAAACCCAUGGGCUAAGCAGUAUCCAUGGCCCAGGGGAAGAGGGUGUCUGCACCCCUGCCAGGCUGCAUGGAGGACAAUGAGCCCUUGGGUCCCAGUGUCAGUGCCUUCAAACUUCUUCCCCUCUUCCCAGGGGACCUGGGGGGCCCUGCCUGCUGCUCCUCCCCCUCCCCCCGUCUUCUCUGUGCUGCCAUGUUUCUCUGCUGCCAAAUCGGGCCCCAUAGUCCAGGUCUUCGGUGGGGUAGGGGUGAGGCUCCUGCUGCCCCAUGCCUUGGACCCCACCCCCACCCCAGUCUGGGAAGAGUGGACACCAAGUGCCUUGCAUAGAACCCUCUUUGCUGGUCAGCUUUUCCCAGAUCUAGGCUGGCAUGGAAGGAACAGUCUCUCCCUUCCCCUCCCCUUUCCUGGGAUGACGGUACCCCACCAGUUUCUGCUUGGGAGGGAGAGGAAGGAAGUCUCCUGCCACUUGUAAAAGAGCUGGGGAACCUUCCUUAGGGAACACUCCCAAUCCAGCUUGUCCACAGCUCUUGGCUGCUCCUUGUAUCAUUUAAGCCCCCAAUCUCCCCUAAGCCUGGGGGUUGGCAGGACUCCCCUGUGGUGCCAUAUAAAUAUGUAUAUGUGUAUAUAGAUUUUUAAAGGGAGGAGAGAGGAAAGGGUGGGGAGACACUCCUCCCUCACCCCUUCCCUGGGCCCAGAAAUUGGGGGAGGGAGGGAAAGGAUUUUUACAUUUUUAAAACUAUUUUCUGAAUGGAACAAGCUGGGCUGUGAGGGGGUCACAGGCCCUGUUUCUGUCUUUCCCAGCCCUUUUACUCUAUUCAUCCAAAAAGCAUUGAAUACCUUCUGUGCCCAGCGGUGAGCUAGUCCCACCAGCUGGGGGGGGGGGUCAGCCUCGUCACUGGUGCCUCACCCCUAAACCCCAGAUUCCACCGGUGCCUUCAGAGUAUCUGCCACAGCUGGGACCUUCUUGUGGGGAUCUCCAAGAAAGCUUACUGAGCUGCCCCUCUCCAGUGCCAACUUACCCCCACCCCCAGUCCCCGCAGCCUCCUCCAUGGCCCCCUGCUGGCUGGGGGCAGCUCCCAGGUCACUCUGCCAACUGACUUCUGUUUCUGAAGCCCCACCCCACACCUGCCGAGUCUGGAGUUGAAGUUCUUGGGUUCUCUCCAGAAUAUGAGGGUUAAGGGGACCCACAAACAAGUGCCAAGGGAGUUGGUUAAGGGAGAGGGUGCGGUUGGCCUGAAUCAGAUGACCUUCCCAAUUAAGUGCCUUCUCUUCUGACUAGCACCUCCGUGUGACAACUAAAGAAAGCUAGACCCCGUC